UUCUGGGCUCUCCUAGGAAGCCAUAGUUUAUGACGCCAUGGCCGCCGCCUUGGCUGGACUCACGUUGCCCGCUGUCGUGGAGGAGCUCCUGAGUGAGAUGGCCGCGGCGGUGCAGGAGAACGCGCGAAUUCCUGAUGAGCAUUUAUCAUUGCUGAAGUUCAUCUUUGGCCCAUCAGCCAUUCAGGCCUUGGACCUUGUUGAUCGACAGUCCAUCACCUUAAUCUCAUCGCCCAGUGGGAGGCGUGUUUACCAGGUACUUGGAAGUUCUGGUAAAACGUACACAUGUUUGGCUUCUUGUCAUUACUGUUCAUGUCCUGCGUUUGCCUUCUCCGUGCUGCGGAAGAGUGACAGCCUGCUGGAGCCCAGAGCACCAAGCAGGAGCAAGACAUACUCACACAACUCCUUGUUCCAAAGGAGAACAGCAUUACCCACCUAAGAGCAGUGCAAGCAUCUCUUGGCAGUUUAUCUUAGCCAGGUGACAGGGACCUGCCGACAGCUGAAGGUCUCUGACAAGCAACUGACAGACGUAUUAUUCGCAGAGAAGAAACAAAAAGCAUAAAAGGUAUAGAUUAAGCAUCAUUAUCUUUCAAAAUAGAAGUCCCACCAGGAAACACGUGGUUCAUGUGGAAGAGAGGUGAAAUAAUCUUCUGGAGACUUCUUGUUACUGUGCCUCUUCCCUCCUGGACAAGAGACUGUGAGUUGCAACCCAGGAUGUGUGUAUGGUUUGAAGUUCUGUACAGUUCUUCUGGAAAAUCAGAGCCCGCCUGUGAGGCCCUUGGAUAAAUUUCUGAGGUGGAAUCAAGCAUUUUAGACUCAAACAAACCCUAAUCUCUAUCACACCCUGUCUGCAAUUAGAUUAAGUUACUGAAGUACUUAGUAAUUUUUAAGAGGUUGGAAUGGUAGAUGAAACUGGUAAGAAAAAGUUUAGAUGAGUUAAGUGUUACUUCUUUUCUUUGGGUCCAGGGAAUCACUCUGCAGCAACAAAAGAGCAGAGCAGAGCUAUGGCCAAGCAGCAGCAACUAUAAAAAGACUCCAGGGUUUUAGUUUCACUGAGCUUUAGCUCCCGGUGGUGUUGCCAAAAAAGCUUACAUAAGCUGUAUUGUUAGAAAGGUGUAUCUGAAGCAAGGAAAGGGCUGGUUUUGCUCUGCGUGCAUUUCUGAGCUUUAUAAGAAGCCAAAUGAAGGAAGAGACAAAGUCAUGCCCUGAAGGAAGUAGAGAAACCACCAAGGAUUUCCAGUCUGAACAAGAAAACGGAAAAGAGACUCCAAGGGGAGAGUUUUAGAAGGGAGGGAGAUGGGACUCGUCUGGACCCCGAGAGAGUGAGGGGUAAGGACAGAUGGCAGUGAAGAUGAGGCCAC